GGAAGCAUUGGAGUGUCCACUCAAUUAUCUUUAAUUUUAUAUUAAAAAAUAAAAGUGAAUAUGAGAUCUGCUGUGUUAACAUCGAUUUUCGCCAUUUUGGCGGUCAAUGUUUCUCUAGUCUUUGGUUGGGGUUACAGAGCCUCUGAUCAGAGGCGCUGGGCCGUCCUCCACCCAGCUUGUGGAGGUCGGCAACAGUCCCCCAUCGCCAUAGCUGCUCGUCAAGCAAUCCCCAUCUCCAUACCUGCUAUGGAAUUGAUCGGCUACCAAAACCCAUUGCCUGGUCCUCUUACAAUCACCAACAAUGGACAUUCAGUUGCCCUCACCAUUCCCAAGUACAGUUCUGAAGAAGAAAAGAAAGGAUUCCGUCUUCCCUUCAUCUUCGGAGGCCCCUUGGACAAUGAGUACGAGAUUGAAGGCCUACACUUCCACUGGGGAGACAAAAACAACCGAGGUUCUGAACAUACUCUCAAUGAUAUGCGAUUGCCUUUGGAAAUGCAUAUCAUUCACAGGAAUAAGAAGUAUAGGAACCUCGCCGAAGCCCUGCAGCACCCUGAUGGUCUUUGCGUGCUUGCAUUCUUCUACCAAGUUGUAGAAUUCGAUGCCAAGCUCCUGACUCCCAUCGUCAAGAAUCUGUCAGCUAUUGAGAACUAUAACACCUCCAUGCAACUGCCACAUACCUUCUCCCUGUCCUCCAUCCUCUCAGGAUUGGAUACUGAGCGUUUCUACACUUACAAGGGAUCUCUGACCACGCCCCCUUGCGCCGAAGCCGUCACAUGGGUCGUCUUCUCAGACUACCUUCCAAUCUCCGUGUUCCAGAUGGACAACUUCCGCGGUCUCCUGUCUAACCUGAACUUGCCUCUCGUGGACAACUUUAGACAGUUACAACCGCUAUUUGGCCGGCGUAUAUUUGUUCGUAUAACAUCGAAGAAUCCCAAAUUUAAGAAGACUAAACUCCACUACUCCAAGUGGGACUGGGUCGGCCACAAGAAGGCCGAGAAUGACGUUGCUGAGUUCGACGAAUAAACCACCAAAGAUUAACGACCUGUCACAAAUCUAACAACUAAUAACCAAUCACCCAAACUUUCAUUACGGGUAUAUAGCUCAUUUUUUGAUACCAAAUAAGCAACCAAUUUGUUACCAUUUUGUUUUUUAUAACUAUAUUAUGGUUGUGUGCACUGUAUUAUAUUGUAUAUUUGUGUGAAUAGAGUAUUAUAGUGUAAGUUUGUUAAUAAUCUUUGAAAAUAAAAAUAUAAAUCUAUGUUUUUAGUUUUAUUACAAAAUAGAGGUACAUAAAUAAAUAGAGGGCCAAUAAUAAAAAUAUAAUACGGAACAAUUUUCAGUAAUUAAUUUGAGAAGUUAUCAGCUCCAAACAUUGACUGUAAAAUAAAAAUAAAUGCAUUAUUAUUUCAUCUCUAUGAAAUAUAACUUUAUAGGUAAAUAUUUGACCAAUAACAUACUCACUCAGAUCAGAUAUAGGUACACAACACACGAAACAACUCCAAAAUGUAAAAAUGUAACCAUUAGUAAAACAACAGUUUAUACAUCAUAGACAAUGAUGAUGAUCCACACUUUUUUUUCUUAUGCACAGGAAUGAAUACAACGAUUCCUUUCCACAAACAACGCAGCUAGACUAUGUUCCUGAAGCUGAAAGACACGCAUAACGCCAAGGGCCACAUAAAAACAAACUCUUCGCAUUUUCCAAACAUGCUCAUGUUACAAUUUUGAUGGCGAUGUCAUUUGAUACUGCUCGAAUAACAUACAAAUAAAUGGUUUAUUGUUAAGACCAUUGCAAGAUUUAGGUUUGAGCUUUGGGAGUCUAAUUAAUCUUUAAACUUUAUGAAGUUAUGUAGCAAUCUUUUUAGAAGUUAGUAUGUAUCAUGGUACACAUUGACUACAGAAUUUUUCAUUGGAGGAAUGUUGUGCUAGGAUCGAUGUUGCGCAACAUGUUGCAGGUUCGACUUCUGCAUCACACGCAACUCCACAAAUUGUUAUUCUGGGUCUGAUGUGUCGAUAAAAUGCAACUGUCAUUCAACUUCAAUUUUGAUAGAAAAAGUUACGCAGAUGAAAACAUGGAAGCUCAAUAUUGGCCAUUAAAAAUGAAAUGUAUUUGGUUACCAUGCCAGCUCAAACAUUUGCCAAAAUAUGUAAAUUAAAAACCAUUUAUUUGUUGUUAGAUAAGCAGCACAAACACUCAAAACUAAACUAGAAACUCAAAAAGUAAAUAAAACAACAAACUGGUAUUUUAUAUUCUAUAAUACAACUUCAACAAAUCUAUACAUGAUUGAUUAAUACUCUGUAAAUUUAGGCUGGAACCACACUAAAGUCGCAUUAAAUAAAAUAAAUAAUAAAAUAUUUUGUGCCAACGACACAUAAAUAAAAAUUAAAAAGAUAUAAUUCAUUUUAGACACGAAACAUCUCGAUAAUGGCGCGAGCCACUUUACUGAACUUCCAACCUUACAUAUUUAUUUGAAUAAUUUUAUCAUUAUCACAUUAAAUAACGGGAUCAUUCGCUGUAACAGUUAAAAUAAAUGUUUCUGGGAUGUGGAAUGUUAUAGUUAACUGCUUUAGUUUAAAUUAAAAA